AAAAUUAUACCUGUCAUUAUUGACUCAUCGACAUGGAGGGCAUCAUCCUUGGUGUGCCUUCUUGUGUCCUCCGUGUAGCGACGAGAGAAGGAGGUGAUGCACUGCAUCGAUCAGAGUGCAUCGCCAUUGUCUCUCCCCGCAGCCUAAGGACAAAAGAAGGAUAACACGUCAAGAGGAAGCGCAGCCAGUCAUCCGCUCAGGCAUGACCAUGGUCAGGUCAGCUGUACAUCAGUUGUGUCAUCGAAUCGAGCGACCGUAGGUCAACGCAACACCCCAGCCUCGCAGCUCGAUGCGUCUGUCUGGGCCAGAUGCCCUCAUCUGCAGCUUGGCCAGCGCCUCUGGAUCGCCCUUAGCCGAUGGACCGACCAGAAGCGACACAGAAACACGCCGAGACAGGUGAAAACGUCUAUUAGCCCCCAAGACGACGGUAUCGCAUUGCCCACGACACACAGGCACAGUCGCAGGCCAUGGAAGCUCCCCUUGGUACACAUCUGAUCUCCCACACGCACCAGCCACCUGGACAGGCAGUGCACCCAUCUAAUCAGUCCCGCAUUUCGUCGCUAUCGACACAGAUAGGCGAGAAGUAGUCAGUGAUCAGUCGCUGGCCGGCCGUGGCGGGCAGCCCCUCCCGAUACAGCUCAACGCUACAGGGGCCUGUCUGCACAGCGGCGAACCCGUGAGGGCUCAGCCGCUCCUCCACGCCACACGAGCUAUCCUCGUCCAGCAUGUCGAUUGUGAAUGUGUCGUUGGUGGUGAGUGUGAUGCGCUCUAGCUUAGGCAGGGUGGUGAUGGCCUCGAUGCAGGUGUCAAACAAAUCGGUGAAGGGCGGUGGCCUGUCUGUCCACUCCUCUAAAGGGUCCUCUGGCUCAGGCUCAUAGCCAGCCGAGAAGAACACGCUAAUGCGACGGAUGCGACACUCGAUUCCACCACUACUACGUCCCUCCUGGCUGCGCCCCUCUGCCGUCCCCAACGAGGUGUCCGCCCCCUCCCCGCCCGCAUCUGCCUCGCCCACCGGCACCUCAGCCCUGCUAUCCAUACCGUCCUCACUGCUCUCGUCUUCUUCUUCUUCUUCCUCCUCCUCCUCCCCCUCCUCCUCCUCCCCAUCCCACAACGACCAACCCUCACUACCACCGAAGGGUGAGCGAAACGCCCCUUUGAUGUGCAGCAGUGGCCCCUCACUCGAGCAGUUGCGCAGAUACGACGGGAGGAAAAACCCAUCAGGCCUCUCCGGCACGAAAGCCACGUAGCGCGGCGGGCAGGCGAAGCGCACCACCCGCACCGAUGGGAGGUCGUCUAUCGUCUUGACGACGGCCUCCUCGCCCAGCUGCUGCGCCCUGCCCAGGUCGAUGGACCGCACCGAUGGGAAGACGCGGCCGAGGUUGAAGAGCAGUGGCGGUGGGAGGGGGUUGUCGGUGUCCCUGGCCGGCUGCAGGGUGAGGGUGCGGGCUGAGCUGAAGACCAGCUUGGGCAGCAGGGAGUAGAAGGCCGGGAUGAUGGUGUCCUGUGCGAGGCUGGUGGGGAAUGUCACCGAUGUGGCGAGGGAGGCUGCCAGGGUGAGGGUAGACGACGCAAAUGUGGGGCUCUCGUCGCUGUAGAUCCCGCGAAUGGGGCUGUAGGGGUCGGUGGGCGGCCAGAGGAGGGUGAAGGGGAAGUCGAAUGAGCUGCUGCUGUAGUCCUCCUUGCCGCCAGGGCUCACACAGUACUUGUGGACCUUAUUCAGCGACUGUGACACAGCAGGCAACACAUGGAUGCAUUGGGAAUGAUCACUCCCUCUUGUGUGCGUGGAUGCAUUGGUCACUCACCGAUAUGAUGCUUCGGGUGAUCCUUUUGGCCUUGAUGGUGCCCUCGAUGGCCUCCAGCGACCUUAUCGGCUCAUCAUUGUCCUCGUCAAUCCAGGCCUCCAGGUCAGGUUCGUCCGCCGUCACGGUGAAGCUCCUCACGGUCUUGACCUGCGUGGACUCGACGAGUUCCAUCGCCAAAUGCGCAUCCCACGCGAAUGGGGGCGAGAGGGUGAGGGUGUGGACACUCUCGCGAUUCGCCAGCCAGUCGCGCCCAUACCAUGUGUCGUAACCCAGGAAUUCGUUGUACUGGAGCGUCUCCUCCUCCCUGCUCAACUUGCGCAGCUCGAGGGUCUUAAGAGACCUGUGGCACACACACACAAGAGACCAGACAAGGACGGAUGGUGCGCAGGGACCUUUGGAAGGAACUGUCCUGGAUUUGCACUGCACCCACCCGAGUGUCCAGAAGCGCAGAUAUGAGGCCCACCCCCACCGCCCGCCCACUGCUACUGUCUUCAAUCGUGGGAAUGCCGCCCGCUUCUCGCCCAUGUCGAGCUCCGGAAUGUCUGUCGAGCUCCGGAAUGUCUAUCUCGUGCAUCUCUGUCGAUGUGCUGUCCACCUCCAAAUGCUCGAGGGUCUCGCUAAUGGACUCAAUCAGCCGCACCAUCCCCAUGUUCAUGUGACAACCCAGCACCGCCCGCUUGGUCUUGGCCAGCCGGGGCACCCAUGCCUCCAGCUGCUCAUCGGUGGUGUCGAUGGCGCGGUCGGCCAGGAAGGUGAUGAUGGUGUGCAUGUCGGGGUGGCGGGAGGGGGCCAGGAAGGACGAGUGGGCGCGCGAGAGGCCGCCGAUGAGGGACUCGGUGCCGACGAGGGGGCCGAGUCGGUCAAAGAGCAGCGCGUCAGGGAGGGUGAGCAGCGACGGGGCCAACGACUGAGUACAGAGCACAACACGCAGAGCACAACACAAGACGGACGUGUCCCCCGUCUGUGCAGUGCAUGUGAUCCAUCGGUGUCUGUUGCUGCUUACAUCUAGGCGUAGGUUGCGUAGCAUAGCAGUGAUCUUCUGCUGUGCGAUACCGAUGAGGAUGUCCUGUGGGCUGGGCAGGGUAUCGGCUGGGGCUAUCUUGGACAGCACGACCUUGAGCCUCUCAUAGUCCAAACACACCAUCUGCACACACCAAAGCACACAGGCAGGGAGAUGCAAAGCAGUUGGCAGCGCGCUAAGGGACGCCCCAUGUGUGUGGCCUGGUGGUCUCUCACCUUGGCUAUAUUGGGGCACAUGGCUGCGCCGAGUGUCCUCUCCUUGCUCUCCUUGAGUGUCAGCGCCUCGCUGGCCUGAUUGCACAGAGAUCCACACACACACGCCAGCGACAAGGUCAUCUAUCGCAGGCCCUCUUUCUGUGUGUGUCUCCCCGCAUCUUCCUUCCCUCACUUGUUGGUACAGAGCGUCGAGUUUCUGCGCGACGUUGAGGUAUUUGUCCCUCGCGGCCAGAAUGCCCUCCAACUACAGACCAUCACAUUCCAGACCAAGAUAGUGCAUGAAUUCGGCAUCCUAGUAGCUGUCUGGCGGCACCCCUCCUCACCUCGCUACACGUCAGGCGCCGCUUCUUCGCCGCCGACUCCAUCGCCGCCGACUCCAUCGCCGCCACCAGCAGGGCGGGGGAAGUCAAAGCGAUGAGCUAUCGGAACAUCUCCAGGCUACAGUCCUCAGGUCCAACAUUCUGAGCCAAAAUCAGAG